UCAACAUCAUCAUUAUGAAGAACUUCAACAGCACUGAAUCCUGGCUUUUAUUCAACACUUCACUUCCCGUCCUGCCGGUAACAGCCAAUCCCGGUAACAUAAGUGGCAUGGAAGGAUAUCUUCAGAGACUGGCUCAUUUAGAUGAGGGGCUCUACAAUGACUUUUACGGCCUUUGGAUUGCACUGAUGGUCAUAAACUCGCUUAUAUUUUUGAUGGGCAUGGUGCUCAACAUCGUUGCACUUUAUGUUUUCUGUUUCCGCACCAAGCAAAAGACCACCUCAGUCAUCUACACCAUCAACUUGGCAGUAACAGACCUCUUGGUGAACUUAUCUCUGCCGACUCGCAUCCUGCUCUACUACAGCGGAGGAGCUUGUCUCACCUGUUCCUACCUGCACAUCUUCAGCUACUUUGUCAACAUGUAUUGUAGCAUCUUGUUUCUGACCUGCAUAUGUGUCGACCGCUACCUUGCCAUUGUGCAGGUUGAAGCUUCCCGUAGGUGGAGGAACUCCAGUGUGGCAAAAUGCGUGUGUGUCUCUGUCUGGCUGUUCGCCAUCGUGGUCACCUACUCGUUCCUUUCCACUGCUUUCCAGCACCCGGGCUGCUGCCUCUUAAAGCUCCUCUUUCUCACCAUCACUGAGUUUUUUCUACCCCUCAUCAUCAUUGUAGUCUUUACUUUGCGGAUUAUGUGGGCUCUAGCCGACCGCCGUCUGAUGCAGCAGAGCAGGGAGAGGAGGAGGAGGGCUGUUCAACUGCUGUGCACAGUGCUGAUCAUCUUUACUGUCUGCUUCACACCCUUCCACAUCACACAGGUGGUGGUAUAUUUCCACCCUGAUAUGCCUCAUCAUGUGAUAGUGUACCACUUGACCGUCACUCUCAGCAGUUUGAACAGCUGUAUGGAUCCUGUUGUCUACUGCUUUGUUACAAACAAUUUCCAGGCUACUAUGAGAAAUAUUUUUCGCCGUGCUGAGCUCGAGCAGACUAGUGGCGACAUCAUCAGUAUGCAGCACAGCUCCAAGGCAUCAGGAGGGACAGCCACUGCCAUCACUAAUAAUGUGAUCAUGAUGACCAAGAUUUCCACUUCACUGCAGAGAGACAAGAUGGAGAAGAACCACACGCUGCAAAUCCCGGGUCAAGAGAACUGAAAGUUACUGAGGUGUCACAGUCACCUGAGGAUAGUUGCCUGUUAUUUCUGGACUCUGCAACAUGCUGCUCUGUGAUAACAGCAUCACUGUAAAAUGGCACAUUAAGAGGUUGAGAUCAACAGCCGUGAUGCAAUAGCAGUAAAAAAAAAAAAAAAAGAUCAAAUUA